AUGGCGGAGGUCAUUCUCCGCUCCGGCAGCAGAACUUUAAACAUUUCGCAGAAACUGUACAACUAUUCACCGCUGAAACCUCAAAAGAAACACGGAAAAGGUAUUUUCAGCGCUCGUCGGGGCUCCUGUUUGGGACAUUUAACGUUCACCAGGACGUAUGGAAACUGCGCCCGAGAGGAGCCGCUUUACAGAACCAAAACGGGCUAUUACGACAUCCUCGGCGUGACCCCGACGGCUAGCCAAGCUCAGAUUAAAACCGCCUACUACAAGCAGUGCUUCCUCUACCAUCCUGAUAGGAACGCCGGCAACGAGGAGGCCACCGUGAGGUUCUCGGAUAUCAGCGAGGCCUACUCGGUGCUGAGCCACAAGGCCCUGCGGAGGAAGUACGACCGAGGCCUCUUGAGCCAGCUCGACCUGACCACCAAGACCAACACCGGACCCUCCGCCGCCUCCAAGUCCGAAAGCGGGAGCUCUUCGGCGGUGUACCGACGAGGGAGCAUCUUCGACUUUGACCAGUUUCUUCGCUCGCAUUACGGCGAGCAGCUCAAGAAGGAGAGAGACAUUCGGCAAAAGAAGGAGGAGAUGUUGAGGAGACGCCGGGAGACGAUGGCGGAAAGAAACAAGGAGAGGACAAUGGAGGUGGGCGUUGUUUUGCUGCUGUUGGCCGCAGUCACACUGGUGGUCACCUUGAGAGGAGCGUCGAGAUGA